CUAGCCUGCAAGCCAUUUUGGGAACAGUGUCAGUUUCUACUGCUAUCAAGUGCCGCUCUAUGCAUAGCCUACUGCUUCAUAGGAGUCGAGCACGGAGCAAACCAAUAACCUUUGGACCGGCACUGUUCAGAAUCUGUGUAAAGUUUCUGACUCUCCGCGCGUUGAUCUUUUUCUAUUCGUUGAGAAUUUCGCCACUGCCAUUGAACAGCAUUUGUAGCUCGUUCCAAGAUGGCCGCUUGGGUUGCAUUCAUUUUUUUCUGAUCGACUUGUAACUUUCAUUGUCCAUCACAUACGGGAUAUAACCCGUUAGGAUUUUACAAUUUUAGAACAAUGCACAGAACAACAAAAAUCAAGAUUACUGAGCUGAAUCCACAUUUGAUGUGUGUCUUGUGUGGUGGAUAUUUUAUCGACGCAACCACCAUUGUGGAGUGUUUACACUCAUUCUGUAAAAUGUGCAUUGUUUGUUAUCUGGAGACCAGCAAAUUCUGUCCAAUUUGUGAUGUCCAGAUUCACAAAACGAAACCCCUUUUGAAUAUUAGGUCUGACAAGACCCUUCAAGACAUUGUUUACAGGUUGGUACCUGGGCUUUUCAAAGAUGAAAUGAAACGAAGGAGGGAUUUCUAUGUUGCACAUCCUUCUCUUGAUGCUGGAAAUGGAUCAAAUGAAGAGCGAGGGGAGGUGGCAGAUGAAGAAAAGAGAAUAAUAGCCGACAAUGAGAUUAUAAGCCUGUCCAUCGAAUUUUUUCAUCAGAGCAAGCUGGGAAAGGAGGAUGGUGAAGUCAAGGAUAUGAAGACAGAGAUGAUUGACAAGCGAUACUUGCAAUGUCCAGCAGCCAUGACCAUAAUGCAUCUGAGGAAAUUCCUUCGAAGUAAAAUGGAUAUUCCAUGCACCUAUCAGAUAGAAGUUAUGUAUGAAGAUGAACCAUUGACGGAUUACUACACAUUAAUGGACAUUGCACACAUCUACACUUGGAGAAGGACCCCCAGCAACUCACUCUCCCUGUGUCUAAAAAGGAUGUUCCCUCUGAGCAGCAUGGUGAGCAGGAAUGUAGUCUUAGUCUGAGGCAGGAGGACCCAGAGAGCACACAGAUUAAAGAGGAAUAUGAGGAGUUCAGGACCAGUAAGGGGAAAGAGCAGCUUCAAGGGCUGGAGCCUGAUACUUGAGACUCCACAUUUACUCAAAGUGACUGCAAUGAUCAGGACCCACCUCAUCUCUCACAUCCUUACCACACACAUACUGUGGAGAACAGAGAGUGGGACUGUCUACCCACAAACACAACUGAAGAGGUCAAAACAGAACAUGAUGGACAGGGCUAUAGAGUAACAUAACAAACUAAUGACUCUAUUCCCCUAUCUGCAGUAAAUCUGUGCUGUUCUGCAGCUCAAUGGGGUGGAAAGUGGAGUACUAUUCCCAGGAUCUACACUACUUAAAUCAAAGUCAUGGGGGGGAAAAAAAGAAAAAAAAUCCCAUACCAGGUGUGUGGAAAGACUUGUUUUUAUGGGGCAUUUUGUUUCAUCCAUCAUGUGCAAGAAGUGUGGAGAAGACUUUGAGUCCACAGAACACAUGAUCAAUCACCUGCAAAGUCACACUACAGAAAUAUAUUCUUGUAAUGUUUGUAGUAAACACUUCUCCUUUGAGUCUCAUCUAAAACAACAGAAGCGAUAUCAAUGCAAAAAAUGAGGCAAAUGCUUCAUCCAUAUGGGACACCUGAAUACACAUAUGAAGAUUCACACAAGGGAGAAAUUGUAUCAGUGCAAAGAAAUGUUUCCCCAGUAAGCAUAACCUGGACAGACAUAUAGCGAUUCAGAAAUAUUCAAAUUUGAAAAUACAUACGACUCACACAGGGGAGAAACGAUAUCAAUGAAUAGAAUUUGGGAAAUGCUUCAUUCAUAAGGGACACCUGAAUACGCAUAUGAUGAUUCACACAGGGGAGAAAUCGGACCAGUGCAAAGAAUGUGAGAAAUGCUUCAGCUGGAAGGAAAACCUAACCUCACAUAUGAGGGUUCACACAGGGGUGGAAUCAUAUACGUACCCAGUAUGUAUAAAAUGCUAUAACACUGCACAGGUCCUAAAAUUGCAUACAUGUCCCAGUCACCGUAAGGAAUGUUCACAAUAGUAAGAAGUAGGCCUACACAUAAAAAUUCCUUUUGAGUAAAUUGCGUUAGUCCCAGAAGAUGGCUAUCGUAAACCAUCACGCUCUACAGGCCUUUUGUUUGGUGGGGCUUAGGACAUAGAAUCUAAAAUCCAAAGAUGAUAUUACUAUUGGGGUACUUCAUUUAUUAAUUUGUGUUUCUUUGUAGCAAUAGUGACCUGCCCAAAUGUUUCAACAUGGUCCGUUCUUAACAUCCUACUCAUGGUUUACUCCAAAGUGGAUAUCUUGAGGAGAUACAAAUAAAAAUGAUUCCAUUAAA